AAAACGCCUCAGCACGUUACCAUGGAAACAGCGACAUGUCAACAAAUUUCUUUCGAUUCACGCAAGUCGCUUAGAAAUAAUUAAAUUACGAUGAAAAGCAUUGGUCUUUACCAAUAAAAAGUCAAUAAAUAGUUGGUGAAUCUUCCAGAAAUUAUCUCCAUGAUGGGUCUACUGAAUAUUUUGAAAAAGCUGCGAUCUAAUCCUGAUAAGGAAUUGCGUUUGCUGCUCUUGGGGCUAGACAAUGCGGGUAAAACUACUCUCCUAAAGCAAUUGGCUUCGGAAGACGUGAACCACGUCACACCGACUGCAGGUUUCAAUAUAAAGUCAGUUUUAUCAAACGGUUUUAAAUUGAACGUCUGGGAUAUCGGAGGCCAGAGGAAGAUAAGACCUUACUGGCGGAAUUACUUUGAAAAUACAGAUAUUUUGAUAUAUGUAGUAGACUGCUCUGACCAUCAAAGGUUGGAGGAGACAGGUCAGGAACUGGCAGAACUGCUGGAGGACGACAAGUUGCGAGGAGUGCCAUUGCUUGUGUAUGCCAACAAACAGGAUUUGGCUUCAGCCCUGCCAGCCAGUGAGAUCGCCCAGCACCUAGGUCUACAUCUGAUUAGAGACCGUACCUGGCAGAUACAGGCCUGUGUGGCUACUGACGGGACUGGAGUUAAGGAAGGCAUGGAAUGGGUCUGCAAAAACAUCCCGGCUAAGAAAUAACUACUUAAUUCCUUAAUAACUACGAUUUACGCUUAACAUAACAUUUCCAUUGUUUCUAAAUAAUGACCAAUCAGA